GACAUGAAGAAUGUCAAAUACAGAGAGAGUGUGUGUCUGCUCGCUGGAGUGAAGGAAUAGAGUAUUUUUUUCUCUGACAGCAAACAGAGUAGAGAGGAGGCAGCCUGUACCUGCUCUGACCACACACACACACAGACACACACACACAGAGGGGAGGACGGGGAGGCUCUGACCGGGUGUAGCCAUGUUUGACACGCUGUAUGAGUGGUUCUGGUGGGACAGAAUCUGGCUGCCUGUAAACCUGACGUGGUCCGACUUGGAGGACGGGGAGGGACGCGUCUACGCCAAAGCCUCACAUCUAUAUGUCACUAUUCCCUACGCCCUCACCUGCUUACUCAUCAGAUACCUGUUUGAGAGGUGGAUAGCCACACCGUUAGCUUUGUCUGCUGGGAUCAAACAGAGAGUCCACCUGAGAACAGAACAUGUCCCCAUCCUGGAGCAUUACUACACCUGUCAGAGCAGAAGUCCUGCUCAGGCAGACAUUGACGGGCUGUCCAAGAAGAGCAGUUUGUCAGUGAGACAGGUGGAGCGAUGGUUCAGGAGGAGAAGAUCUCAGGACCGUCCGGGAGUCCUCAAGAAGUUCACAGAGGCCAGUUGGAGGUUUGUCUUCUACCUGUUGGCGUUCCUGGGUGGAAUAGCAGCUCUGUAUGAUAAAGAAUGGUUCUAUGACACCAGGGAAGUGUGGACUGGAUUUCCUAGGCAGUCCAUGCUGCAGUCUCAGUACUGGUAUUAUAUCCUGGAGAUGAGCUUCUACGCCUCUCUUCUCUUCAGCGUUACCUUUGAUGUCAAGAGAAAGGACUUUAAGGAGCAGAUUAUCCACCACCUGGCUACGCUGGUCCUUUUAUCAUUCUCCUGGUGCGUCAACUACAUCCGGAUCGGGACUCUGGUCAUGCUGGUUCAUGAUGCCUCUGAUGUUUUACUGGAGUCUGCAAAGUUAUUUAACUACGCCAAAUGGGAGAACACCUGCAAAACUCUCUUUGUUCUGUUUGCUGUGGUGUUUAUAGUGACACGACUCGUCAUUUUCCCAUUCUGGCUGAUCCACUGUACCUGGGUGUAUCCUGUUCACCAUUACCCGGCUUUCUUUGGUUACUACUUUUUCAAUGUGAUGUUGGUGGUGCUCCUCUGUCUGCACGUGUUCUGGGCCUAUCUCAUCCUCCGCAUGAUCAAAAAGUUCAUAUUUGGCACACUGACCAGAGAUGAGAGGAGUGACGGUGAAGAUGAAGAAGAGGAGGAGAGCGUCCCAUCAGAGGAUGAAGGUGAGGGACAGCACAAGCUCGGUAAUGGACGGGCGAUGGAUGAGAAGGAAGACAAAAACGGCUGCUUUGGGUCUUUGUCUCCACCAGAGAACAUCUGCUGGUCGAAGACGGUGUGCUGACUGCAGCUCAGUAUGAAGAUCAGGAACUGAAACUUUCCUACAUCGGACAGGCUGGACUCAUUAUUAAUCAAUUUGUCUCUGAUACUACUGUAAUAUUUAAACCGGACAAAACGGUGGCUGUUCUUGAAACACAGUCAAACAUUUGCUUUAUUGUAUAUUUCCAAGAGAUAAGAUCACAUCAUAAAGAUUAAUACAUGAAGCUUAAACACCCCCAAUGAUCAAAUGAGGAAGAAAUGUCACAUUGAGUAACUUAAUUUUAUUUGCAUUGGUUGAUGCAUUGGUUGAAGACAGAGCUGGUCACAUGUCCGUUAAUCCGCUAAUCGUUACUUAUCAGCAUUCAUCCUUUUUUAUACAUUUUUAAUGUGGACGUUAAUUUGAAAAACAAUUAUUGAAACCUUUAACUUGCGGUACUUUUAGUUCCUGUUAUCAUCCAAAUCUCGCUCUUACAUGGUGAGACGGUCCGCAGACAACCUGAGCGAGAGCACACCACCUCCUGUACAUUAGAGCAGUGGUUCUCAACUGGUGGAUUGGGACCCAAAGGUGGGUCACAGAGUCGUUUUCAGUGGGUUGCGAAUGUGUGCUUGGAAAACAAAUGCGUCAAAAAGUCCAUCAAGUGCCUUUUGAACAUGUUUUUGUUUGGUUCUGCUUCUUUGUUCCGUCACUUGUUUUGCUCCUUCUGAGGUCCAAACUGCACAAUGUUUCAUUAAAUUAAUCCGAUUGGUUUAGAUAUUUAAGAAAUUUGGUACGCAAUGUUUCAUGAAGGAGUUGUUGGUGAGUCCUGAAGCUAGACCAGUUGAGAACCACUGCCCGUCUAGCUGCCCCAGAUGCUUUUAUUGUGAAAUCUUGCUUGACACACAUGAAGGUAUUUCCUAAGCACAGCGAGAUAGAAAAUUGUCGACGUUUUUAAAAAAGAACAGACCUCAGGCCUCUUGAGAACUGAAAUCUGAUGAUCCAUGAUAUGUCUGGAAGAAGAGAUAUCUAAACAACUUUUACGAUUCUUCAUUUUAAAAGGAAAGGUCAUGAUGUCGUGCUAUCUCAGGAUAGCAGGUGGAUCUUAACACUGAUGGGCGAUUUAACAACACAUUGUCAUGAAAAAUGUUCUCACUCUGGUUUAAUAAAAGUAACUAAUUUAUGCAAAUUA